UAUCGUUGCCCAAGAGAAGCAUGCUUUUCCCUCAAUUGUCAAGUGACUCGUUUAAAAACAUAACUAUAGUUAAAAAUUACCAGUUUCUACAUAAAAUUUAAAACGCUAAAAUGAGUCGUUGGCUGCCACAGAGUACCACCGAUAAUGACUCGCUGUCGGAGUAUACCUAUACCUUUGGGAGCUCCAGCUCAUUGGACAAGAGCACUAUAACCUUCGUGCACCGACCUCAGCUCAUGGCGCGGGCGGGAACCAAACUGAAAUUGAUAGCCCUUUACGGCGACCAUGAGUGCUUGUGGAAUCAGUUCCACAAGGACUAUUUCAAUCUACCCCUGAAGGCGCGAAUUUGGGAGGCGAUCGCUGAGGAAAUGAAGGUUGAUUCCCCUCCAGACUACUGGAAGCAUAUGAUAUACAGGCUGCGAUACAACGUGGAAAUUGAGAAAAUCCAGGAGAAGGCAGCGAAGCAUAUGGGCCAGACGCCAGCGAAGAAACUCUUCUACGCCGAUAAUUUCCAUUUUUUGAAUCAUAUGUUUGAUCGCGAAAAAAAGGGACCUCCCAGGGAUCUUUCCUUGUAUACCCCAUCCUCGGCAGCUACCGUGGAGAAGAAAUCCUCAAGAGUUACGAAGCCUGUCCGCGACAAACUUAAGCCUCGUAUUUCCUUCAUCAGAAGGAUCGCCGCAUUCGAAGCGCUGCGGAAUCAUAGGCAUUCCAACUUGGUCCUCUCCCAGGAGGCGUUCCGCAAAAUGCAGAGGGUAACGAGCGAAGGAGCCAAGGUCUACGGCAAGCCAAGGGCAAAGGGCAAACAGUAAAUAGGGACAUGGAACUUCAAAAAACCAUUUAAUAGCUUUUUCGUUUUAUUACAUUUCUUGUAUCAUCAUAA